CCGGAAGCGCACGUGGCUUUAGCACCGCGUGCUUGGUGGGCUCCGUCACACGGUUUCCGGCUGUGUAGCUGACGAGAGUUCUUCAGACCUUUCGGAGUGGGACUGUGGAGUUGUUCACAGAGUGAGAGAAAGUUCUCAGCAAUGGCGACGCCACUGACAAUACUGCAUGACUGGUGCAGGUGGAUGGGCGUGAACGAGCACCGUUCCCUGCUCAUCCUGGGCAUCCCUGACGACUGCGGGGAGGAGGAAUUCCAGAAGGCCGUGCGCACUGCCCUGUGGCCCCUGGGCACGUACCGAGUGCUGGGCAAAGCGUUCAGAAAGGAGCUCGGAUCCAGGGUCGCCUUGGUCGAGUUUGCUCAGUAUUUAAACCGAAGUUUGAUCCCCCGACAAAUACCAGGCAAGGGAGGACCCUGGCCUGUGGUCUUUCUGCCCCAGGCCCCCGAUUCAGAGUCACAGGAUAGACCAGAUUUCCCUGCACAGCCCCGGAGGCAUGCAGGAGUUGGCCAGGCAGGUGGGGCAGGAGCUGCAGGUGAGGAAGGAGCUGCAGGUGUGGCAGGACCUGUAGGUGAGGAAGGAGCUGCAAGUGAAGCAGGACCAGCAGGUGAGGCAGGAGCUGCAGGUGAGGCAGGAGCUGCAGGUGUGGCAGGACCUGUAGGUGAGGAAGGACAGGAAGGUGAGGCAGGAGCUGCAGGUGAGGAAGGAGCUGCAGGUGUGGCAGGACCUGUAGGUGAGGAAGGAGCUGCAGGUGUGGCAGGACCUGUAGGUGAGGAAGGACAGGAAGGUGAGGCAGGAGCUGCAGGUGAGGCAGGAGCUGCAGGUGAGGAAGGAGCUGCAGGUGUGGCAGGACCUGUAGGUGAGGAAGGACAGGAAGGUGAGGCAGGAGCUGCAGGUGAGGAGGAAGUUGCAGGUGAGGAAGGAACUGUGGGUGAGGCAGGAGCUGCAGGUGAGGCAGGAGCUGCAGGUGAGGAAGAAGUUGCAGGUGAGGAAGGAACUGUGGGUGAGGCAGGAGGUGAAGAUGGAGGAGCGUCAGAUGAGGAGGGAGCCGCAGGUGAGGCAGGAGCUGCAGGUGAGGCAGGAGCUGCAGGUGUGGCAAGAGCUGAAGAUGAAGGGGGAGUGUUAGAUGAGGAGGGAGCCGCAGGUGAGGCAGGAGCCGCAGGUGAGGCAGGAGCUGCAGGUGAGGCAGGAGCUGCAGGUGUGGCAAGAGCUGAAGAUGAAGGGGGAGUGUUAGAUGAGGAGGGAGCUGCAGGUGACACAGGAAUUGCAGGUGUGGUAGGAUCUGUGAGUAUGGCAGGAGCUGCAGGUGAGGAAGGAGCUGUGGGUGUGUCAGGAGCCAUAGAUGAGGGAGGAUCCUGGAUCCAGCAAUGGAAUCAGGCCCAGCAGCCUGUGCCUGAAAAUAUGGCCUUUGGGGAAUUGAGAACCUUUUCUGGGAUGCAAGAGCCAGACCAAGAGGAAGAGUCCUUUGAGAGCUGGGUGGACCAUGCCAACGACAUGCUGUACACGUGGCGCCACGUGUCAGAAAGGGAGAGGAAAAGGCGGCUGGUGGAAAGCUUGGGUGGCCCCGCGCUGGAUCUCAUGUGCAGCCUCCUGGCAGAAAAUCCCGACAUGCCUGCGCAGGAUUGCCUGGCCGCGCUGGUACAGGUGUUUGGGAACAAGGACACCUGCAUGACUGCACGGCUCAAGUUCCUGACUUGUGCCCAGCGGCCCCAGGAGACUCUCUUUGCCUAUGUGAUGCGCCUGGAAGGCCUGCUGCAGUCAGCCGUGGAGAAGGGGGCCUUCCAUCCCGUCAUCGCAGACCAGGUUCGCGCCAGGCAGGUGCUGAUGCGGGCCCGCCCGAACGAGAUGCUCCAGAGCAAGCUGAGGAGGAUGCGGCUGGAGAGGAGACCACCUGGCUUCAUGGGGAUGCUGCGGCUCAUUCGGGAGACCGAGGCAUGGGAGGCCGCCUCAGGUAGGGGUGAGCAAUUCCAAGCGGAACAAGGGGCCUGUGUGGACAUGGGAGGGUUGCCGGCCGCCCAGGCUGCCCUCGCCAGUGAAGAGGUUGCUGAAGCCUCUCCAGCCAAUGAAGAUGCUUUCCAGGCUGCCCUGGCCCUUGAAGUCAUCACCGAGGACACCCCUGCCGGCGCAGGUGAAACCGAGGCCUCCCCAGCCAGCAAAGAUGCUUUCUGGGCUGCCAUGGCUUUUGAAGUCGUCAACGAGGACACCCCUGCCUGUGCAGGUGAAACCGAGGUCUCCCCAGCCAGCGAAGAUGCUUUCUGGGCUGCCCCAGCUCAUGAAGUCAUCACCGAGGGCACCCCUGCCGGUGCAGAGGAAACCGAGGCCUCCCUGACCAACGAAGAUGUUUUCUGGGCUGCCCUGGGUUUUGAAGUCAUCACCGAGGGCACCCCUGCCAGUGCAGAUGAAACCGAGGCCUCCCCGACCAACGAAGAUGCUUUCCGGGCUGCCCCGGCUCUUGAAGUCAUCACCGAGGGCACCCCUGCCGGUGCAGAUGAAACCGAGGCCUUCCCAGUCAGCGAAGAUGCUUUCCAGGCUGCCCCGGCUCUUGAAGUCAUCACCGAGGGCACCCCUGGCGGUGCAGAUGAAGCUGAGGCCUCCCCGGCCAGCGAAGAUGCUUUCCAGGCUGCCCUGGCUCUUGAAGACAUCACCGAGGGCACCCCUGCCGGUGCAAAUGAAACCGAGGCCUCCCCGACCAAAGAAGAUGCUUUCCAGGCUGCCUUGGCUCUUGAAGUCAUCACCGAGGGCACCCCUGCUGGUGCAGAUGAAACCGAGGCCUUCCCAGCCAGCGGAGAUGCUUUCUGGGCUGCCCUGGGUUUUGAAGUCAUCACCGAGGGCACCCCUGCCAGUGCAGAUGAAACCGAGGCCUCCCCGACCAACGAAGAUGCUUUCCGGGCUGCCCCGGCUCUUGAAGUCAUCACCGAGGGCACCCCUGCCGGUGCAGAUGAAACCGAGGCCUUCCCAGUCAGCGAAGAUGCUUUCCAGGCUGCCCCGGCUCUUGAAGUCAUCACCGAGGGCACCCCUGGCGGUGCAGAUGAAGCUGAGGCCUCCCCGGCCAGCGAAGAUGCUUUCCAGGCUGCCCUGGCUCUUGAAGACAUCACCGAGGGCACCCCUGCCGGUGCAAAUGAAACCGAGGCCUCCCCGACCAAAGAAGGUGCUUUCCAGGCUGCCUUGGCUCUUGAAGUCAUCACCGAGGGCACCCCUGCCGGUGCAGAUGAAACCGAGGCCUCCCCAGCCAGCGGAGAUGCUUUCUGGGCUGCCCCGGCUCUUGAAGUCAUCACCGAGGGCACCCCUGCCGGUGCAAGUGAAACCGAGGCCUCCCCGACCAACGAAGAUGCUUUCCAGGCUGCCUUGGCUCUUGAAGUCAUCACCGAGGGCACCCCUGCCGGUGCAGAUGAAACUGAGGCCUCCCCAGCCAGCGAAGAUGCUUUCUGGGCUGCCCUGGCUCUUGAAGACAUCACCGAGGGCACCCCUGCCGGCACAGGUGAAACCGAGGCCUUCCCAGCCAGCGAAGAUGCUUUCCAGGCUGCCCUGGCUCUUGAAGACAUCACCGAGGGCACCCCUGCCGGCACAGGUGAAACCGAGGCCUUCCCAGCCAGCGAAGAUGCUUUCCAGGCUGCCCUGGCUCUUGAAGUCAUCACCGAGGGCACCCCUGCCGGUGCAAGUGAAACCGAGGCCUCCCCGACCAACGAAGAUGCUUUCCAGGCUGCCUUGGCUCUUGAAGUCAUCACCGAGGGCACCCCUGCCGGUGCAGAGGAAACCAAGGCCUCCCCAGCCGACGAAGAUACUGCCAAGCCUGCCCCAGUGAACGUGGAGGCCAGUGAGGCAGUUCCUGGCACUGCCGAAGCUGGUAGGGCUGCUCCUGAACCCCAUGAUGCUGCCACGGCUGCCCCUGCCCCUCAGGAGAUCUCCAAGUCCUUCCCUGCCACUCAGGAAGAUGAAAAUGCUCCCUCCUCUGUGGGCCUAGGUCAGGCAAGACCCUCCGAGGCCCCUGGGGGCCCCACUCCUGCCCACAUGGGCAGUGCUUCCAGGGUGGGCCCAGGAGGUCCUGGCUGUGAGCCAGAGGGUCUCGCCCAGGCAGGAGAUCAGGAGGCUGGGGAGCCCCCCGAGGAGGGGCUCAAGCCCAUCCCAGAAGAGUCGGAAAAUGAGGAGGGCGCUGGGGAGACGAGCCCCCCCAAGUCCUCCUCAGGCAAAUAGGCUCAGAGGGCCCAGGGGCCCCCUCUCCUCUCAGGCAGCAGAGUUCUGGAGGCAGAGGGAGGCCAUGCCAGGGCAACAGCCUCGCCCCACAUUGAGAGUAGGGCCGAGGGAACAGCCCACUCACCCAAACAAAUUCCCAGGACCCCACCUCCCCAAGGCACCUUAGCCAGCACCAUUAGCCCUUCCAAAUGACCAAGAUGACCAUGCCUGACACCAAAUGGGGCAGGGAGAGGUGCCCCCCCCCCCAUGGCAGCUCCAUACCCAGCCCCAGCCCCAGCCCCAAUCCCUGCCAACUCAGGCAGCCAGUCUGGGAAACGUCCCUGAGUGGCUGGCCCUAGCCUAGGGGACGGGCACCUGAAGCCAUCUGCCACCCACACUGUACUGGGAGAUGUUAGGGGCCAUUUCAAAGGUGCCAGCCUCUUGGGUCUCCCGAGAGGGAGACACUCAUUUACUUCCCCUGGGGCACGUUGCUCCAUGUUCUGGGAAGCCCGCUUGUGUCUCUGUAGGGCCUUUAGUGACCCACGUCUCAAGUGACCCCCCCACCCCACUAGUGAGCAUUCUUGUGCAGAGCCUUGAGGUGUGCAGGAACCCGCCGUGGGUGUCCUGGUCUACCGGGGCAGCCACCUCUCAGCCCGCGUGCGCGCCAUGAGCUUCAGGGGGAACCAAGGCUCUGUUCCCGCUCUUCCAGUGUUGUGAGCUCAACCUCUGCUUUCUCCGUGUACAUUUAGGGCAACCGCUGCUUGUUUUUGUGGAGAUGUGUGUGUUUUCUAGUCUGAGCAGCUGCCCUCCCCGCGCCCCCCCCCACCCCAGAAAUCCCGAGCCCAGUUCCGGGACACGGCGGGAAGGAUGCCCGAGGGCACGGCUGGUGUUCACCCCGUGACCUCAGGAAGGAAGAACCGGACCAGGGAUGGAGGUGGCCAGCGGGAGUCUCCACGGGAACCGUGCUCUGAUGUGCCACCCUGUUGUUCCUUGCGACUCCGCUUCCUUGGCUCGGCCGAGGGUCCCAUGCUGCGUUGUCCAGCGUCCUGGGACUGUCCUGUGCAGGCCAUAGGGCAGGGCCAGGCCCCGGCAUGUCGGCCCGAGGGGAGGGUGCCCCGGAGCGAGGGGACAUGACCAGCGUCCAGCGUCCUGGCCAGAGGUUGAUCGUGGGGCCCUCAGGAAGGGAGGCUGAGGCAGGAGGGCCGCGGUGUUGGGGGAAGCAGAGGCACCUCGUUUGGGACCCCAAGAGGAGGGGGGCCGUGACCUAUGGGCUCUCGUGGCCGUUAGGCGUUCCUGUUUCUGUUGUCAUUCCCUCUGUUCGAUGGUUUCAGUAAGUGUUUCUCUUCAAUAAAUUUCA